AUGCCUCCCCGGAUCAAUAUCUUCUCGGCUAGCAAGGCGGCUUCCGCUUUGCGCCUGUCCGCCGCUGCCUCCCGCACGCAGCAGGGAGUUGCUCUUCCUCUCCGAAUCCGCGCCGAACAGUCGGUCUCGGUCCAGAAAAGAUGGAACUCGUCGCAAAGCAACAAGAAGGGACUUUCUCCUGAGGAACAGAAGUUUCCUACUCAGGAUAUGCUUCCACAUGUGGGAGAGGAGGCCGCUGAGAUGGAUCGAAUCAUGAACAAGGAAAAGAGCUGUGACGGGCAGCCGUCAAGUCCGGAGUUAGAACAGGGAAGCCCGGUCUCUGAGAUUCUUCAGCGCGAUCAAGAAGGUUUGAAACACAUGCCUAAGGUCAUGCAGGAUCAAUUCAAGAAAGCCGCCAAGGGCUCUCGCUCCUUCUCAACUUCGGCCCGCAACAGUAUGCCGGAGGCACAGAAUAUCGAUAACCAUGAUGCGUCGGCUGCGCUGCUUGCCGGUAUGAUUGAGCAGGUGAAUGAACAGGCCCUGGCGCAGAACCCGGGGUUGAAGUUCGACGCUCCCGAACUGCCUUCUCAAAUAAAGACAUUCAACUUCCGGAAACGCUACGACUCGAUGCAGGAGCAGUUCACAAAAAUGCUCAUGCAGGAUGGAAAGCUGGCUCGCGCGCAAAAGAACAUGUCCAUUAUUCUUGACCAUCUUCGCACUUCACCUGCUCCUAACCCUAACCCUCGCCGUCCUCUCCUGGGUGGUCCUCCCGCUCCUCAGCUGCCGCUCGACCCCGUCCUCUACCUCACUUUGAUUGUCGAUUCCGUGGCUCCUCUCUUCCGUAUUCGCCAACAGAAGGGUAUUGCCGGUGGUGGUACUGCCGUGCAGGUUCCUCAUCCGCUCAAUCUGCGCCAGCGCCGUCGUGCGGCCAUUAAGUGGAUUCUUGAUGCAUCGGAAAAACGACGUGACGCGCAGCUGGCGCACCGUGUUGCGAACGAACUGGUGGCCGUUGCCGAAGGCCGAAGUGGUGUGUGGGAUCGGAGAGAUCAGCAGCAUAAGAUUGGUAUUUCGGGUCGUGCGAACUUGGGACUUGCUCCUCGUCGCCGAGCGCUUCAGACCACAGCUACUGGCACACGGCAGUCCAGACGUGCUGUUCGGCCGUUUGAGCCUGCCGCCAAUUCGCGUUCAUUAGCAGGACUUGGAUCCGGACCAGACUUAGACUGGGAGAAGACAGCUUCGUCGGAACAACGCCCGCGAGCCCUCCGCUCCACCAGACUCAAGUUCUGGACCGAAGCCCUUGAACGGCGAGCUCGACUUUCACGUGGUCCGCAGGCUGACGGCGAUCAAGGGACUGCCGCCAAAAUGAAGUUCUCGCACAGCAUUCAGUUUAAUGCCGUGCCUGACUGGAGCUCCAAUUACAUUGCAUACAGUAAUCUCAAGAAACUGAUCUAUACCCUUGAGAAACAAGUCAAUCGGCCCGAUGGACAAGGCGCAGCGGAUGUUGAGUCCGCACCGCUGCUGGGGGACAGUCAGAUUCACAAUCCGGACGGGAUCUUCAAACGUGCUCUUGAUACAGAGCUGGAUAAGAUUUGUACCUUCUUUCAGCAGAAGAAGACAGAUAUCUUUCAACUUACCGAUGAGUUAUUGCGGGACUCGUCGCUGUAUCUGUCGGAAACAGAUGGGGUCAACAUGGACCCGGUCAGUGAAACCGUUAUCAAGGCUAGAACCCUGAGCUCUGGUUCGCGUCGGGGUACAGGCAGCGUCCUUCAAAGUUUUGGGAUUGGUCAACGCCGACGGUCCAGUGUCAUGAGCGAGGAGGACGCAGAUAGCGAUGAUGGACAGUCUCCUCCACGGUGCUCAAUUUGCUCUAGCAGUCGAGGCCCACAAAAUUCCGAUCUGAGUGACCAAACAUUCCUUGAUCUCUACAAUGCGGGCGUAUCACUAAAGAAACGUCUUAUCGAAGCCUACGUUUCUCUCUGCGAACUGCGAUCUUUCAUUGAGCUCAACAAGACCGGUUUCUCCAAGGCCUUGAAGAAAUAUGACAAAACGCUGUUUCGCAAUUUGCGUCGGGACUACUUGAAUUCUGUGGUCUACCCAGCACCGCCUUUCGCUGAGAGCACCAUGGCUUCUGUAGAUAGCUAUAUCGAAAGCGUCGAAGGUAUCUAUGCAGAUAUCGUCACCAAGGGCAAUCGCGAUCUGGCUAGCCGUGAGCUGCGUCUGCACUUGCGUGAACAUGUCGUCUGGGAGCGCAACACAGUUUGGCGAGAGAUGAUUGAGAUUGAGCGUCGGGCCCAAGCUGCAAACGUGGGCAUUCGCCGUACCCUCCUUGGAGGCGACGAAGACCCUGCCACUGCAAGACGUCAAGGUGACAAGCAAGAGAUCCGCACACAGGAGGUUUCGACCCCACUGGGUCGAAUCCAAUUUCCCCUCUGGCUCUGCAGUUUGAGUUUUGGGACCUUGGUUUUCAGCAUCGGGGUUUUUGGUGCCCUUCUCUCGGUGCCCAUUAUGGAUACCCCUGAACAACAGAAUUGUCUUGCAAUGCUUGUGCUUGUCAGCAUUCUCUGGGCCACUGAGGCUACCGGCGUGGUUUUCUCAGCUAUGUGGACCCCUGUGAUUAUGUUGCUUCUUGGCGGGUUUACCAUCGCGGCUGCUCUGUCCAAAUAUGAUAUCGCACGGCGCAUGGCCAUGUUUGUGCUCAGCAAAGCGGGUUCCAAGCCCAAGAUUGUUUUGUUGACCAACAUGUUCGUCAGCAUGUUCCUGAGCAUGUGGAUCAGUAAUGUCGCAUCUCCAGUCCUGUGCUACUCGAUCAUUCAGCCUCUGUUGCGAAACCUGGCCCCGGACUCGGACUUUGCCAAGGCUCUUGUCCUCGGUAUAGCGCUGGCCGCCAACGUUGGUGGAGCGGCCUCCCCCAUUGCGUCCCCGCAGAACAUCAUUGCUCUGCAGAACAUGUUUCCCAGCAUCAGCUGGGGCACAUGGUUCUUCAUCUCCUUGCCCGUGUGCAUUAUUUCAAUCCUGAUGAUUUGGGGCCUCUUGCUGGCGACCUUCCACCCCGGCCGCAAUGCAACCGUCAUCCCCAUCCGCCCCGUCAAAGACCGAUUCACCGGCAUUCAAUACUUCAUCAGUGCCGUGACUCUCGUCACCAUUGUCCUCUGGUGUGCCAGCCACCAGCUCGAGCAUGUCUUCGGCGAUAUGGGUGUCAUCGCCAUCAUCCCUCUGGUGCUGUUUUUCGGAACCGGCAUCCUCAACAAGGAGGAUUUCAACAACUUCCUCUGGACCAUUAUCAUCCUCGCCGCCGGUGGCCUUUGUCUCGGCAAAGCGGUCACAUCCUCUGGCCUGCUGCACACCAUUGCUGCCGGUAUCACAGCGCGUGUCGAGCACCUGAGCCUUUACAGCGUGCUUCUUGUCUUUUCGGCAUUGAUUCUCGUCAUCGCCACCUUCAUCUCGCAUACUGUCGCGGCCCUCAUCAUCCUUCCUCUUGUGCGCCAGAUUGGCGUCAACAUGGAGAACCCCCACCCGAAUCUGUUGGUUAUGGCGAGUGCCCUGAUGUGUUCUGUUGCUAUGGCGCUACCCACAAGCGGGUUCCCUAAUAUGACCGCCAUCAUGACUGAAGUGCCCCAAACCGGUCAGCGAUACCUCCAGGUUCGCCAUUUCCUCACCCGCGGUAUUCCCUCCAGUCUGAUGGCCUUCGUGGUGAUUGUCACCCUCGGUUAUGGAUUGAUGUAUAUCGCAGGCCUCUAG